AUGAUUCAUUAAUUAAACCCAGACCAGAAAGAUUAGCAAAACAAGUUUGACUAUCUCAAGCACGAGGAUCCUAAAAAUCUCUAAAAUCAAGACAUUUUAGUUACUGUAAAAUAACAUCAAUAAAUUGUGAUGACCCCGGAGGAUCUCUAAAAGAUGUAGCACUCCACAGAGGAUGAAAAUCAAAGAUAAUUUCAAAGUUUCUCUGGAUAAUAGGAACAAAUCCAUACUCCUGUAUACGAGCACUUCUAUAAUGUAAUUACUUAGGCUCAUGAAAAAGCAAUGCCAAGUUACCUUAAGGAGCAGGUUCAGAGAAAUUCAGAAUACAAGCUUAUUAAAGCAGAAGACUUUGGUGAGCCUAAAUAUGCUAAUGAUAAAAAAGAUUUGAAUCCUGAAGAUUAAUAUAUACAAGAGCAUUUUCCUAUAACAGAGCAGCAAUUAUUCAAUGCUUUCCAUGAAUAACCAGGAAAUAUGUUUGAUGUCACUCCUAGCAACUAGGAAGAGUUGACUCCAAAAGAGAUUUUGCACUAUGAUGUUAUCAAAGUGCCUAAACUUAAAGAGAGAUUCAAAAAUUUUAUAGAUGAUAUCAAGGAGAAUAUUUCUCCCUCAAAGAUUAAAGAGGAGAAUUUGACUGAAGAAAAAGUAAUGGAAUAAAUAGAAAAGGAAAUUGAGAAAAUAGACUAGGAAAGAAGGAUUGAUAAAAACGAGCCAAGAAAGAUAGACUUCACAGAUAUAAGUAUUUGA